AUGACCAAGCUACGUGGGGUGGCGGCGGCUUUGACGACGUUCACAAUCUGGGGCGUGUCCCCGCUUUACUGGCGCGAACUAGGUCACGUGCCUGAGCUGCAGGUGCUCAUGCAUCGCAUUCUGUGGUCUUUCGUGUUGUGUGCGACCCUCACGGUCGCGUUCGCCCGCGACUGGUCUGUUCUCGCCACCGCGUUCGGGCACGCCAAGACGACGGCGGCAUUCCGGCGGCACGGCAUCGCCGCGCUCUUCAUUUCGGGCAACUGGGCCGUGUACGUGUGGGCUGUGAACGCUGGCUUUGUGAGCCAAGCCGGGUUGGGGGACUACAUUCUGCCGCUCAUCACGGUCUUAUUGGGGGUCGUGUUUCUUCGGGAGCGGCUGCACCGGUACCAGUGGGCCGCCAUCGGCCUCGCCACGCUGGGGCUGUGUGUCAUUUCCGUCGGGUACGGCGUAUUUCCGUGGGUGUCGCUCGUGUUGGCGCUGUGCGAAGCCCUGUACAGCUUUGCGAAAACGAGUCCGCUAGUGCGCUUGAAUGCGAUUCAAGGCGUAGCGUUUGAAAUGUCCAUGUUGGUCGUGCCCGCUGUCGCAUAUUUGGUGUUUGUGGAAGUGUCGGAAGGCAAUCGGGGGGUGUUUGGCCAUGGCGAAAUCCACACGGACCUGCUCCUCGUGGGCUCGGGGGUCGUCACAGCACUCCCCCUUGUGACACUGUCGUACGCAGUCCAGCAUCUCCCGCUCACCGUCGUGGGGGUGCUCGUGUACGUAACCCCGACGAUCGUCGUGCUGCUCGCUGCGUUUGCCUUUCACGAACACUUUUCCGCUGUGAUACUGCUGGGGUUUGGCCUUGUCUGGGCCUCCCUCGUCAUCUUUUCUGCGCAGAGUUAUAUGGGUUACCGCGACAUCCACAAACAAGACCAAACCGCCGACCCCGCGAUUGUGCUCACCCCGGCGAACGACGUGGGGCUGUCGAAUUCCCCCAAUUUGCAGCAGUCCCAUCAUAUUCCAGUCGACAACUACCACGCGCUGCAUUCUUCCAAGGCCAAAUCGCCCACCCUUCUUCACGUAGCGUAA